CAGGUUUUGAAAGGCUAUCACCAUGCUGCCGUGCACUCCUGGUUUCGACAGCCCUCUCUGUAGCCUAUCAAUAAUCCAGUUAGUUGUAGUGACUAGUCGGCCCGGUGCGGUGCAGCCAUACUGUCCGGUUCAGCUUCGCUCUCCGUGGGAAGUGAGGAUGUUGAGGCCUGUCAUUCCUGCAACACAUCCAUCACCAACCCGGGGCUUUUAGGCUGGUCCGGGCUAUGGCUGCACCCAUCGGACAUUUCGACGACGACUGGCCGAUUCUGGGUGAUCUGAACCUGGUGUCAGACCAGAAGCUGCUGCCACAGAAAGGCCGUGUGGCCGCCGCGGCAGAAACCGCAGCAGCCCCGCAGCUCCUCCCGGAUGAUUGUGGUGAUGAUACCCCCGAGCUGCACGACGGCAGCUUCUCCUCGGCGAAAACCGGUGCUUUUAAGUCCAUGGAGGACCUGGUGAACGGUUUCGACGAGAAGUUAUCCGUGUGCUUCCGAGGUUUUAACGCUAAGACGGACAGCAUCGCUUCUGUGAACGUGAUCGCUGAGGACUCGCUGCUGGAGAAAGACGAAAUCUGGAAUGCUUUGACCAGAAACUAUGGGUGUGUGAUGCCGGUUGAUUGGAAACAGUCUCGAACAUGCGCCCUCCACAUCCCCACAUUCAACCUGGAGGAGAAGCCCAGAAAGACUGAUGUCACGGUGGAGCUGUCGGAUGAUGAGGAGCUGAGGGAGCAGCUGGACAUGCACUCCAUCAUUGUCUCCUGCCUCGCAGAGGAGCCGCUUUUCACAGCAGAGCAGGUUAUUGAGGAGAUAGAGGAGAUGAUGCAGGACUCUCCUGACACGGAGGCAGAGCACAAUCCCUCUCAGUCGGACCUCUCGAUGCUCUCCUUGGACAUCCAGCGGGCCACCAGCAGCCCCAGCUACGAGAGGAGGGUGAGGACCCUGAGCGUCGCGGAGCUGAAUGAACGUCUGGAGGAGAUGGAGACGAACAUCAGGAGAUUCUCCGAGGAGCUUGUGCAGCAGCUGGCUCUCAGAGACGAGCUGGACUUUGAGAAAGAGGUGAAGAACAGCUUCAUCUCGGCGCUCAUCGACGUACAAAACCGACAGAAGGAGCACCGGGAGCUGCUGAAGAAGAAGAAGAAGCUGAAAGGUGGAGCCGGGACGUCGCAGGGUCACGCGGAGAAGACGCUCGGAUCACGCUUCAGCAUGGAGGGACUCUCUUCUGUCAUUCAGAACGGCUUCCGGCAAACCUUUGGGAGCGGGUGCAGUGAAAGACAGUAUUUGACCACAGUUAUCCCUUAUGAGAAAAAAGGACAUCCUCCUUCGCUCGAGGACCUCCAGAUCCUGACUAAGAUUUUACAAGCGAUGAGAGACGACAGUGACAAGGUGCCCAGUCUCUUAACAGACUAUAUUCUCAAAGUGCUUUGCCCUACAUAGACCAGAGGGACGGUGCCUAACACUCCACAGAGGCUUCAGAGAGUUAACUUUGGCAGCAAGAUGAAGAGGACUCAAUGUGUUUUUUGCAGACAUUAAGCAUACUUAAUUUAUUCCUGCACAUUUUGAUGUCACAGUGUGUCUUUUUGUGUUAUUUUCCUCAUUUACUUUUAUUUAUUUUGUGUUGAGCAUUGUACUUUUUCCAUCCGUGUGUGUUCCUGUGCAUUUUGACUUAUUUUCUGUGUUUUUGAUUUUCUUCCUCUGUGAAAGAAUAUUCUAAAAAUGCUAAGUUAUAUGAGUAUUGAUAUACCGGCACAGCAGCUGCACUGUUUAGAAGCUGAGCUUUGCUUGUUGGUUUUAAGUAAGAACAGAGCUACAAUGCAAAGUGCUUUGUAUUUAUGUGAAGGGCUCAACUAUCCACUGAGCAGCGAACAGACCCACAAAGCACGUUAAACACAGGAGAUUAACUUUAGAUGAAGAGAUCAGCAGAAGUCUAAAGCAUAAAUGGAAGAGCAAAACAAGAUAAAGUGUGAUUUUAUUGAUCCCCAGGAUGAAAGCAACAAGUACUGCAGCAGGUUGAACAAGUACAGGAUACAUAUGAAAUAUGUAAUAUUAACAAAAGAGUUACUUGGCUUGAGCAUAAAGUUAACAUGAACAUUAUAUUAAAAAAACUUGAUAUAGUUCAACACAGCUUUCCACAUAGCAGGCAGAAUGUUCUGUCUGCAUUCGUCUCGGCAGAAUACAUGAUCAUUGUUACUGUACAGGAUAAAGGGUUGGUGGUCAAGAUAAAGUCUGAACAGAAAUGAACAAACUAACUAUGCAUUAGAGUAAACUGAUUUGUGACCCACGUACUGUCUGUACUUUGGCGACGCCGAUUGCAGCUCUGAAUCAGAGACUGGAGCGUCGAUGUGCCUGCUGAGCACAGGGCAGCGUCCACCAUGGCUGGCCAUUGUUAUUCUCUGUGUAUUCUUGCACACGAACAAGCUGCCUUUGCCUCAACUUUUGUACAUUUGAAACGACUUAUUUUCAACGAAUGUCAUGAAUGCUGGAUUACUUACAGAACCUGCUUCAUUGUUAAUUUAUUUUGUAAAUAUUUCAUUUCAAAAUAUAUCGAUCGCACCCA